GUCAUUUUUGAGACUUACCAGACGCAAUAUUAGUCAAUAUCCAUGUACAUUCGCGUAAACCUUCUGAAUCAUUUCGUGAGAUUAUCAAUUCCAAUACUCUUGAAGUAACAUAAAGCAUAUUUUCAAUAUCUGGAUCUUUUUUCGAUAACUUCUUUCGAAUCGAUUUCAGGCAUAUUAAUUGCUUUUUUGGAUCGUUGCUGUACAGCCAUUCCACACUACUUGGCGCAGAAACAAAAUUUGAUGAAUUUUCAGUCAUUUUUCUUCACUUUUUAAAUCGGAUUAAUUAUUAAACUUUAAAUAGAAUAAAUGUCAAAGUCUACUAGAAUUAAACUUUAUUGAUCAUUUGUUAAAUAAGAACUUUAUUUGAGAUUAUAAAAUAAUAUUAGACAUUAACCGAAUCAUUAUUUAAGUAAUUGUAAUGGACAGACUUCCUUGAAUCAACAAUGAUUGACUUCUUAUCGUCCUUUUGAUUCUCUUUAUUAUCAAUAUGAUCUGGAUUUGUGAUUUCUUCAAUAGAAUUUUCCGAGUCAUUAAAGUCAAUUGCAUCAAUAUUUGACUUAAAUACCAUUAAAUGCUUAUCUUUUGAUCCUGUAACGAAAUAUUCACCAUCCUUGUUGAAUUUAACAGCAGUAACAGCAUCUUGAUGACCAUAAAUCGUAUAAAUAUCUCUUCCUUCUAAUAAAUCCAGAAUUUUAGUUGAUCCUUUAUUAUCACCAGUAAUCAUGAAAUAUCCAGAUGGAUGAAAGUCUAGAGAAUUAACAGCACAGUCAUAGAUCCGAUAAUAUUGAAUCAGCUUUCGUUGCUUCAAGUCAUAAAUUUUUAAACGAUGAUUUUCUUGUGCUAUUGCGAUUGUAUUAUUGUCCUUGUGCCAUACUAGUUGAUUCCCAAAUCCCUUUUCAUCCUUAAAGCUAUGAAUUAGCUGUCCACUUUGAACAUCAAAUACCUUCAUUGUCUUAUCUUCAGCACAACUUGCAAUCAUCUUAUUGUUUGGUGAGAAUCUUACACAGUGAAUCCAGUUCGUGUGUCCAGUAAAUGAAGAUAUGAAAUUUCGAUGAGAAAGCCUAAACAUUUUUAUACAUUUAUCGUCACUUCCAGUUAUUAUUCGGUUGCCUGAAGUCGAAAAAUGAACACUACGGAUUGAAUUUUGAUGAGCAACAAUUUGUUCAGCAUAUCCUUUAUGUAGAACAGCUUCACAAACAUUGGCAAUCUUGCUAUUUCCAACAGCUGCAAAUAUAUUCUUUACGCUCCAAUCCAUAUCAUAGACCUCAAAUGGCAUUUCAAAUCGAAGACAUCUCAAGUUUUUAUUUUUAAGUGAAUAAAUCCCUAUUGUUUUAUCAAGAGACGCUGCUGCAAACUGCUCAUUAUCAUUGAAAACAAUGGAUGUUACUGUAUUUCUGUUUCCUGAAAGUUAAAAAAUACGUUUUUAUUGGCAACGGUUGGUUUUAAAAUUAUGAAUUGAAGUUUACCUUUUAAAUGGCUUAAUAAAACUGGAGCUGUCAUUUUUCCCGAAAAGUCUGUAUCUUUGUGAUUUAUGAUUCUGCUAAUCAGUUCCAAAUAAAUUGAUGUAUCAGCCAGAAUUUAAUAUUUUUAAAAAAUAGCACUUUUUUGUUCAAAUUUUCAAAAACUUUAAUUGGCAGUUGAGAAAUAUUUGGAUUUUACAGACCAUAUCAUAGAUGGCAUUAAAAUUGAUGUAAACAAAAGCAAUUGUUUCAAUUUCAAGUCGGUUCUUUUAAUUCACUUUUCUAUACGAUCCAGUCGAGUAUAUACCGCUGAUAAGUCAAGACCUGUUUUCUAGUUCUUCGGCAAUUAUUUUUACAUCACAAGAAUAUCAAAAAAUGCAUUAAAUUGCACAAAUUGUUUGUUUUGAAAAUAUAUUUGGUUAAUAUAAUUAAAAAUCAAUAGAAUAAUGCAUAUAUAUUAAGGAAAGAAAGUGAAUAAUAUAGUGAAUAAGUUGAAUUUCGCAAGAAAAAUAAUAUUAAGUGGAAAGAAAUUAGUGAAGAAGUGAAAAUUAUAAAAAUAAAUACUGAUGCAUUUGGAUUAUAAUAGCUGGAUUAAUUUGCUCUCACAGGAAGGAAUUUAAGUGCCAUUUUAUAUUUGGAGUUUACUUGAUAUAAUAUAAAGUAAAUCAAUGGCUAAUUACAUCGUAAGCUUAAUUGUUCAACGUUUGAUUCUUCCGAUUCUUCUGAGCACAUGUUGCCUUUUAAGGCCCGUUGCGAUUUCAUUGCCAUAUCUCCUGCUUCUUUUCUAUCUGCCAUUCAUUCCUGUCGCAAACUAUCGGUCAAUAAAGGGUCACACAGGAAUUUAUUUGGCAUUACUGAUUUCUGUUAGUGUCUUACUAUGUCUCGCACAAAUUGGGUUUCAAAUAUUUUUGGCUAUUGUUGGCAAUGAUAUCAUUGCAAAAUGUGAAUUUUUGGAGAUUCUGUUACGUCAUGUUGGGUUUGUAAGGCUCGAUGAUUUAGAUGUAUUAUCAAUAAUCCAAUGGCUGGCACCAGAAGUCAUUGCAUUCUUUGGAUCAAUAAUAGUUACCAUCAUUUUAAGACGUUCGUCUGCUAUUCAUUUACAAGCUUUAAAUACAGAAUCUAAUAAUGAAGGAACUUCCAAUAAUCAACCAUCAUCACCACCGAUACAACAACUUCCCGAAGUUCAUGAAAUUGGAUUAGAAAAAUGGAGAAUCCUUGUAAAAGCAGGAAAAAUCUUAUCUUUAUUGUCUCUUUGUGCUACGGGUGCGCUUCAGCCAUCAGCUUUAAGUGCUAUUUACUAUUUAGUUUUCCUCGGUUCUGCAACAUGGUGGGCGAUGAACAAACAGCUCGAAAGAGCAUUUGCAAUCGUGUUGCGAAUUGUGAUAGGUUUUAUGAUGUUACACAUUAUUGCUUUCCUUGGAUAUCAAAAUCCUUGGCCACAAGAGUUUUUAGAGCCAAACUCGACUCUACCGAGAGUUCUGGGCUUUCCUGCAAUUUACACAUCAUCAUGCGACAAUGCAACCGACAUCAGAGUCAUUAAUUUUAAUGAAGACUUGGAUUUGGAUCAUUAUUUGAAUCCCAUUGCACUCAUCAUAUGUUAUUUGGUUGUGACUUUAACGUCCAUUAUUUUACUCGAGCCACAGUUGAUGCGUAGUGGAACGAGAAAAGUUGCUGAUUCAAAGCCUGAUCAGCCAGUUCGGAAAGACAGUGACACGAUUCCUAUGAGUGAGAUCGGCAACACAAUGACUCUUACAGAAAAAGAUGAGAAUGAGGAGGAUGAACAAAGUACGGGUUUCUGUGAACAAAUCGCGAUAGCAGCUAGUAGUAUAGCCGAAUUCAUUUACAAAAAUAGCUAUAUAUUCACAAAUGUAGUGAUGAUGUCAUGGAGUAUCAUUUAUCAUUCUUGGCUUGGCUUUGUGCUUCUAAUUUGGGCAAAUUUAAUUUGGAUCAUACCAAAUCAACGCAAGAAUAUGUUGAGAUCAAGUCCAUUUUUAGUAGCAUAUGCUGAGUUUCUUCUUCUUGCGACAUAUCUUUAUGGAAUGAAUCUCACCGAUGAUGAAUUGCCAGCGAAUGUGAAAGUCAGUGGAAUAAAUUUACCACAAAUCGGAUUCAUUAAAUAUCCUCAUUUCCCGAUCGGUCCAAUAAUGUUGAAAUCAAUAUUCACUGUUAUGUUUUUAUCAUCGCUCCGGCAAAUGGUACAAGAGAAGCAAGCAGAAAGGCAAACGACUGCAUUGGCAGAUAUGGUGGCACCGCUUCAAUUAACUGUCGGGGCUGCAACUGCGAGAGAAGGCAUUCAAAAGAAGGCAGAAAAGGAGUCUGCAUUUAUUACCAAGACAGCAAAAUUUAUAAAUGCAUUUUUAAUUAAAUUUUGGAUUAUAGUCGUGUCCAUUACAUUAUUUGUAUGUGGCAUAAGUGGCCAACAAAUGACUGGAUUUAGAAUAGUUUAUAUGGCACUAUUCCUUAUAUUCGUACUUACAUUCCAGUUCUCAUUUAGUGUAUGGAGGAAGUUCAUGUAUGGAUUUUGGCUCCUAGUUAUCCUGUAUUCUAUGAUAAUUUUAAUUCUCGUUUACACGUAUCAAUUUGACAAAACGUCUGAAUAUUUCGAGAAAUACCUGCACAUAUCAAAAACUCUACAACGAGAUAUAGGACUGGAACUUUACGAUGCAAAGCAACUGUUUUUACACUUAGUGACGCCAACAAUGAUUGUCAUUAUUACAGUCAUUCAACUCCACUAUUGUCACACAAAAUUCUUAGAAUUGUCAGAAAUUCCCGAAGGUCCAUCUGAUAAUAUUUCAAAAACAAGUUCCGUUGCUUAUGGGACAUUUGCAGUAACUAGGACUGACGAUGAUGAUGAUGACAUUGACACUACUGAUGAAAAUUUGGAUAUUUUGAAUGAAAUUAAAAUUAGAAAGUUAUCAAGGCAAGAGAUUGAAGGAGUAGCAAAGAGAUUAUUUGGGAAACUCCUCGUUUAUUUGGACAUUGCUCUGCUGUUCCUUGAAAUUCAUUUUUAUAAAAUCAUGCUGUUGUGUGUGUUCUUAUUAGCUGUUCGCGGAGUUGAGCUUCUACACUUUUCAUUUGUGAUUUUGGGCGUUGCUGGAUUACGAGCCAAAACGGAAUCACAAUUUUUAGUCACCAGAAUCGGUGCACUUGUCUCAUCAAUCUUGCUUAUUUCGACAAUGAUUUAUCAAGUUGAUUAUAUCGUACAUAAUAAUUAUGAAUCAAAUUGCACAAAUGCAUCAGAUCCAACAAAGGAAGUGACAAAUAAUGCAGUAUGGAUUGGAUUUAAGAAAGAAACGCCUGAAUUUAAGCUCGCUGAUCUCAUACGUCCAUAUUUGGCAUACAUCGUUCUCGUAUCAAUUCACUCGUUCAUGAUCCUUUUCCAGACAAUCAGAAGGAUUAAACAAAAUAAGCCACCUCGAACACCAACUGUAGUAUUUAAGCAUAUAAGAAGAGCUGAUGCUGACCGUGAUAUACCACAUCUCAUAAAAUAUCUCAUUAAUUACGGGUUUUAUAAAUUUGGAGUUGAAAUAUGCUUGAUUGGAUAUUUAAUGGUCAUUGGAUAUCGUAUGGAUAUUGUCGCAUGCUUUUAUGCCAUUUGGUUAUGUUUCCUUUACAAAUUGGACCGUAAUGAUGCAAGCAAAAUCUGGACUUAUGCGACAUACUUUUUAAUUGCAUCAAUUCCAAUACAAUACAUCUCAUUAAUUGGAUUACCCCCUGGAUUAUGCAUCGAGUAUCCAUGGAAGAAUGUUGACAUGCUUAAAGAUUUUAAUAUCUUUUCAUUUUUACCAGACAGUUCAUUAGAAUUUAAGGAUCGUGCUAAGCUUCUGCUGCUUGAUUUUGUGUUACUGCUUAUGAUGUGUCGUCAACUAAUUGUGUUCAGAAUUGAAGCGCGUUAUAAUAAUUCUGUUGUUAAUUUCCCGGGAGGAAGUAACAAGUCUAUUCUACAAGACAUUGAUCAACUUGGUGUUGUUCCAUUUGACAAUCCAACUCAUGACUUUAUUGAUAAAAUUCGAAAUUAUUUGGACAUUCUCAAACGAUUUAUAUUCAUUAUCUUCUUCUGGGCAACAUUAGCGAUAGUUUUUCUCACAGGAACCAGCCGAGUGAAUCUAUUAUCGUUGGGUUAUAUAAUUGGCAGCUUCAUAUUCCUGUGGCAAGGCACUGAUUUUUAUUUGCGUCCGAUAUACGUCAUCUUAAGAUGGUGGAAUUAUCUGAUCACAUAUAACGUGUCCGUUGUCACAAUCAAAACAUUGAUUCAGUUGGUUGGUUGCUUGGUUUUAAGACUAUCAUUAACCGACAGUGGAUGUACGUUUAUUCAGCUAUUCGGCGUCACUUGCAUAUGCAGAACAAAAUAUUCUAGCGGAGAUAGCAUAGAUGAUUUACAAUUACCAGAUAACUGCAAAGUACCAUUAGAGGAUGGUGGAUUAUUCUGGGACGGUGUUUGUUUCGCAUUUCUAAUCCUUCAAAGACGAAUGUUCUCAAGUCAUUAUUUCUGUCAUGUAAUUAAUGAGGCAAAAGCAAGCUUAAUUCUAGCAUCAAGAGGAAACGAGCUGAUUGAAGAAUUAAGGAAGAAGGAAAUGGGAUUAGAAGCUGACCGAGAAGCACAAAUCUUACAGAAAAUAAAGAUGAAGAUGGACAGAAUUAAAGCGACACAGCAGCGUGUAUUGGAGGAGAAUGAGCCUAAAACUCAUGCGGCAGAUGGAAGUCAUCGAUUUUCGAGAGAAAGUUUUGCCAGACGUGCUAUACGGUCGGGAGACUACUAUAUGUUUGAAGACGUAGAAGAUGAAUUUGAACUUGAUAUUAUAAAUCAGCGUGAUUCGGAUGAUGAAGAGGAAAAGAAGUCUGCAACUCGUCGACGUCUCAGCAAGAAAAUGAAUUUCUCUCAGUAUCUGAAUAAAAUGAAAGAAGACACAGAAAAGGAAAGGAUCGAACAAUUGGAACAAGAGGAAAUUGAGAAGAAAAAGAUUAUGGCACGGAGAAGUUCGUCUCCAGUUUUGCGUCAUACUUCUCAACAGCCAGACACUAUUGAGCGAUCCGCUCAUUCUGAACCAAUUCCGCACACUCAUUUUGAACCAAUAUCCUCAUACGACGACGAAACUGAAGGUCUAAUUCAAGCAGAUGGUGCUAGACCAAGUACAAGUCGUGGAUUUAGAGAUGAUGAGGACACAAGCCUUGGAGACGACAAAUCAAAAUUAAUUAAAGAUAAAGAAAGUGGAAAGGACGAUGAAGAAGGUGGCGAAAAGAAGGAAACAGAAACAGAACGAAAGAGAAAAUUGAUAAUAAAAAAAUUAAGAAUGAUUCCUGACUUUUUGUCAAGCAUUUUAGUAUCAAUUACUUUACGACUACAUCGUGUCUCGAGGAGCUACCGUUAUGUCAUGAGAGUUUUGGCACGAGAAAAGAAAACUUUGAAGCAUUCACCUGGAUUUGGUGCUGGAUUCAGAAGUGGCAACAAUAUGAUAUGGACACCAAUUCAGCAUGCAAAGACAUCGAGCAAAUCAAAGGAUGUUGUAUUGAAAAUUGAAGAAGAACCAGAAGAGGAUGAUUUUGCUAGCAAAGAACACAACAUUUUUGUUGAACUCUUCCAAGCACUUUGGUAUGUCGUGCUAUCUCACACAGACUUUAUUUGCUAUGCGAUGGUGUUCUUAAAUCAAAUAAAAUCAGCAAGUAUAUUAUCGUUACCACUGCCAUUUAUGGUACUUUUGUGGGGAACAUUGACAUUCCCACGUCCAUCGAAAACAUUUUGGGUCACAUUGAUUGCAUACACACAAGCUGUUGUGCUCAUAAAAUGUGCGUUCCAAUUUGAUAUAUUCUCAUGGAAUACAGCAGCGAUUCCGCCAAACCAGCCUUUUGCAGCAGCACGUAUUUUAGGAAUUGAGAAGAAGAAUGGAUAUGCUACAUAUGAUUUGAUUCUAUUGCUUGUUGUCUUUUGUCAUCGAAUUAUUUUAAAGUCACUUGGAUUAUGGAAAUCGGAAGUACCGACUGACAAAUUGAUGCCUGGUGAAAAGUAUCAAGUUGAGACAGUCAAUAAAGAAAUUGAAAAGGAAUCGAAUGAAAUUGUCCUGCUUAAAAAUAAUGAUAAGAAGAAGCCAGACGAGAAUGGAAAGUCAGUCACAAUGAUUGACAAUAAAGAUUUAGUAAUGGUCGAAGAAUCGGACGAUGAAGCUUCAGGUUUUGUAGCCAUGUUUAAAUUGUCAUGUCAAAAGUACAUGUCGUCCAUAAAGGAAUUUAUUAAUCAACUUUUUGAUAGACAGUCCAAAAGAUCAGCUGAUGUUUAUGGAUUUCUAUUUUUGUGUGACUUUAUAAAUUUCUUUGUGAUUCUUUUUGGAUUCUCAGCUUUUGGUACGCAAGAAGGUGACGGUGGAGUUUUGUCUUAUUUUGAGGAGAACAAAGUACCAAUAACUUUCUUAUUGAUGCUGAUUAUUCAGUUCUUCUUUAUUGUCAUCGAUCGUGCACUUUAUUUAAGGAAGAACAUGUUUGGAAAGAUUGUCUUCCAAUUUUUCCUGAUUAUAGGACUUCACAUUUGGAUGUUCUUCGUCCUACCAGCUACAACUGAACGUAGCUUCAAUAAAUCACGUCCACCAGUCAUUUAUUAUAUGAUUAAGUGCUUCUAUUUGCUUUUUUCUGCUUAUCAAAUCCGUUGCGGCUACCCUAGUAGAAUUUUGGGUAAUUUCCUGACCAAAGGAUUCACAAUGCUUAAUUUUGCUGGCUUUAAAGUAUUCAUGAAUAUACCAUUCUUAAUGGAACUAAGAACAUUAAUGGAUUGGGUCUGGACAGACACGUCAAUGACUCUUUUCGACUGGCUUAAAAUGGAAGACAUUUUUGCUAAUAUUUAUCAACUUAAAUGCUCUCGACAAAUGGAAAGUGACUUGCCAGCACCGCGCGGACAGAAAAAAGGACCUGUCGUUAAAUAUCUUAUGGGUGGUGGAAUGAUUAUUGGAAUAAUUACAGUCAUUUGGUUCCCAUUGGCACUAUUUGCAUUUAGUAAUACAGUCGGUGAGCCAAAUAGACCAGAAGAUGUCUCAGUGUCACUAAGAAUUGGACCUUAUGAAUCAGUUUAUGCAAUGAGUGCACAAGGAAGUGAUAUUUUUGAGCUUAAACAAAAUGAUUGGGAUUAUUUCCUUAAAAGGUACCAAAAGGACAAGGCAGCAGUAACAUUCUUAUCAAAUUACGAACCAUCAGAUGUAGCAGCAGUCAAGCUAGGUUCAAAUUCAUCAACAAUAUGGAAUAUAUCACCUCCAGACAAGGAACGAUUAUUGAAAGAUCUUUAUGAGAACAAGACAUUGACGACAAGAUUUAAGUAUAAUGUAAAAAGGAAGUCACAUUCAAAGGAAAAUCCAGGAGCUGUUGAUGACGAGCAUACGUAUGACUUUAAAGGAAAUGAUUCAAUUGGAUUGCAAUUAAGGAAAAUGUUGGAAGAUACCAAAACGCCACUCUCAACUGUCAUGCCAUUUAUGAUGCCAAAAUUCUUAAAGGUUAAAAAUAAUGGACUUUUGCGACCAGCACAUCAACUUAUUAAAGGUGCAGAUUCAGAUGACGAUGAUGUUAAUUUCCGGAAUUUGACGCUUAAGCUUUAUGAAGAGCAGCUUGGAGAUGUUGUUUUAGCUAUGCCUCAGUUGUGGUGGGAAGUUACAGAAUCUUGUGAUGAAUUUUAUUACAAAGAUACGUCAGGCAAUAAUUUAUAUGCUGAUUGCAAGAAAUAUAUGAUGAUGUAUAUGUUCUGUGACAAAAUCUUUCCGAGUACAAUUAGUUCCAUUGCUGCUGGAGGUAUCGUUGGACUUUACACCACUUUGAUUUUCGUAUUCUCGCGCAUGUUGCGAUCGACCAUCUUCUCAGGAGCCAGUUCCAAAAUUAUGUUUGAGGAUUUACCGUAUGUCGAUCGUGUACUUCAACUGUGUCUCGAUAUUUAUCUUGUCCGUGAAUCGCUUGAAUUUACACUCGAAGAGGAUCUAUUUGCCAAACUGAUAUUCCUGUAUCGCUCGCCUGAAACAAUGAUAAAAUGGACAAGGCCAAAGAAAGAGAGAAAUGAGGAUGAUACUGACAGCUUAUCAACUGAUCAAGUCAGCAUGAGGAAGAAGACAGAUUAAUCGCCAAAAUGCCUUAAUUCAUCAACAAAAAACCAACAAAUACAAGAAACUUCAGGGAAAUUUGUUAGAAGAAUUUGAAACAAAAAUGAAACAAUAUUAACAAUAUAAAGGCGAAAGAUUGUGUCAAAAAUAAUAAAUUUUGUUAAUGAAGAUGAAAAAGAUGUUCUUAAGAUUAUAAUAUUUUUGUUAACUAGUCACACGAUACUUUAAAAACAAAUCUUUUCAAAUCACAAUUAUUCAUUCAUUUGCACAAAGAAUUUGUCAUUUCCUGAAUCAUACAAUUUAUGAUGGUGUUAGUUUUAAGAUAAUUAAAAAAAAUUGUUUUUGAUAGUUAACGUUUAGGUACAUUAAUGUUGAUUAUAAACGAAUAUCGCCUUAAACUGUGCAUUUUUUAUCCAUUAAUUAUAAUUCAUUGCAUUUACACGUUUAAAAGAAAACAAAGAA